CUUUCUCAAACAGGAAAUACAGCAGACCCUGAUAACAGCGAGGAUCCCGCCCCUGGUGGUGGAUUCCUGCUUCGUCCCUUCCUGCUCAGCUUCACAAGACAAACUGUCAAAUGUAUUUCAACGGAAGCUGAGAGGCUAGGAAGAGGAUCCUGUCCAGAUACAAGACCCAUUCCAUGCAAGAAGCAGAAGACAAGAAAAGGCAACGUGUCAGAUCCAAAAUCUCCAGAUCCAGAACCUACAGAUAUUGCAGUUAAGCUACGGAACCUUGGACUGGAUGAACCUUACUGGUUGAAGGUGUUUAAAGAUGAAUUAAAUGUUGUUAAUUUGACGCUGUUACAAUAUUUAAAUAAUACAGAGCAAAGAAAGAUAGGAAGACAUGUUCGCUACCCAUGGGGGAAAAAAAGCCCUUGAUGAGAUGAUUAGCAGUCAGACGAUGAAUGCUGACAAUGAGCCAAUGGAAUCUUCUAAACAGAGACAAGAGGAAGUGAGAAAAGCUUUAACUGAUCUUCAAAAGUUGUCCGUCGAGGGCAGAAAUCGAAGUGAUGAAAGGGUUAGAGGCUUGGAGGAGAAGGUCCGUGUAGCCCUUGAUGUCCCGAAGGAAAGCUGGAUGCCCGCUACACAAACUCUGAAGGAUGUAAUGGAGAACAUCGACAGGCAGGUAACAGUCUUACAGAACACCCUACCCUCAACUGAAGCUAUUUCAAAUGUUGAUGUUUUGAAGAGUUCAUCUGGAGGUCUUGCUCUAGAAGGAGUUUAUGACACAGGAGAGUUGGAGAGCCUGCUGAAGACCAGACAGCAGCUCAUUGAGCCUCCUGAGUCAUUCUCACUCUUUGGUUCUAAACAGCCUGUCAUGUAUGAGCAGAAAGAUUUCUCAUCCCGUAGAACACAGAACACUUUUCAGAAGGUCAUUGAGAAAGUUGGUUUUAGUUUUGGUGUUAACUUAUCAGUUGGAUUCGCGGGAUUCAGCCUAGAGACCUUAGUUGAGAGGGAAACAUCCAAAGAAACAGAGAAAAUCAACAAGCAUUCAUUAGAACAAAGUUAUAUUUACAAAACAAAGUACAACUAUGUCCCACUGGCAUCUUGCUUUUUUGAGAAGGAUCAACUGAAGCUGUCACACGCAGCCCUUGCUGAACUUAAAGAAAUAGAAAAGCUCAUUUUAUAUUCCAAAAAUCAAAAUCCUGUAAAAAACAGAAUACCCGCUUUUUUUGAGAGAUAUGGGUCUCAUGUGAACCAGGGUCCAAUUCACUUUGGAGGAGUUUACUGGUGGACAGCAUCUGCAGAAGGCUUUCAAGACAGUCAACAAUCAGAGAUGAAGAGUUUGAUGUCAGAAGCCCUGGAUAUUUACGUUGGUGCUGGGUACAGUGGACUUUACAAUGUCUCCGCUGGAGUAAAAACAUCAUCCUCGCAACUGAAAGGAUCUUUUACUGGAAAACACAAUGAAGCUCUCAUGAGCCUGGUGCAGCUGUCAGUCGGCAAAUCUGGGGGUCCGGCUGAGAUUGAUGACCACCUGCUGUGGAAGACUCAUCUGGUCAAUAAUAACAAAACCUGGAGGGUGAUUGACAGAGGAACAAACUUAAUGGCAGUAUGGGACAUCAUUAUGUCUGCUCACAAACAUGAUUUCAAAGAUGCUCUCAAGUUAAGCACCACAUUGAUGGAAGCAUAUGCAGAAAACACAAAGCAAAAGGUGAUGCCAUUCUGGGGAGAAGAGGCGCUUUCAGCAGAGCAAAGUGCAAGGAACAUGAUUCAAUCAGUAGAGGACUGGAGUGUUGCCGAUGGUGAAAAACACUUAUCAGAAUUAUUGCAGUUCAAAACAAGUUUGAGAGAAAAAACUGGAUCUCAUCGCCUAUGGAUUCAGGUGUGUCUUUCAAGUCAGGCACUCCAAGAUUAUCUGUUGAAUGUGGCUAAAAUAAACAGUGAUCCUGGAGCAGUAAACCUGAGAAUUCUGACACGCUCCCUGAUGGAGCCUGGUCUACACAGUGUGAAUAAGUUCCCUGAUCGAACAGACAUCAUUAACUGGGCUUAUGCAACUGAAGUAGAUAGGUAUGAAGUAGUUUCUGUUUCUGGAUUUCCUGAACUUGCCACAAACCUGCAGCUAGCCAGGAAGAAACUGGAAGAUGCUACAGGUGCGCUUGAUGCCCUUGAAGUUCACAAUGCCAUGGUGGAAGCCACUAGAACUAUCACCCUGUCCUUGAAUGCGUUGUUUAAGACAUUUAGGGAGAGUGGUCAGGAAGAAGAAGAACUAUUGAUACUUACCAUAAUCAUGCCAUUGGGAUAUUGCAAGGAUAGUAAGAUAUUCAAUCAUCUUCUGAGUUUGGAUGAAGUCAUCUUCUUGCAAGAUAAGCUUCAAAAAGCAUACUACCGAUACUCAUCUCUCAAAGAAUUGAGUUUGGAAAAGGCCCAGGCCUUCCUGUUUGUUACGGCUUUAACUGCAUCUAGUGAUGAAGACCUGAAUGUUACGGACAAAAGAAAAAAAGUACGGAUUAUUAAGUCACAGAUGAAAGAUAGAAUUUCAACCUCUAUUAAGUCAGCAAUUGAAGGCACAAACCACGACUGGAAAAGGCUUGAGGAAAGACUGAAUUCCAUUAUAGAUGAAUCAAAACUCAUUGACAGAGGUGUCAAGCCAGAGGAAGUUAUAAAAGAUUUAGUCCCAAAACCAGAUGGGUCUUCCUGUGAAGUUCAUGAAGAUGAGAAGAUGGAACCAAGAUGUGCCGUUGAGGAUAAGAAAACAACCAGAUGUAUGAAUUUACUCCAUAAACUGGGUCUAAGCAACAUGCUCCCCAAACGCAUGCAACAAAGGGAUGUUCAAGUGAUAGAUACUUUAUCUCAGGAUGUUAAACCACCUAAAAAAGAAACAGAGCUAAGCUCUCAGUAUCUGUACAAACUGAUGAUGUUGGAUUACAGGGCUAGAUUUCUGUCCUGCAAACCUGAACCGACUACCACAGCUCCAGAGAGCCAUGUUGUUAGUACUGAGGAUGACGACGAUGAUUUUUUAAACUUUUCUGAGGAAACCGUCCAAAAAGUACACAUUGAAGAGCAACACAUUCACCCAAUGGAUAUUCACAUGGCUGUUUUCCACUGUGCUGAUGAUUUUUUGAGGCAGUACAUAUUUUCAAAACUCUCCAGUUGCCAGUUUGCCCUGCCCCUGCUGGUAUCUAACCCCUUUACACGGGAAAUAGAAUUCCCUCUCUGGGCACUUCGGAACAUCAAGAAGUCAUGGCAAAGUAAAGCACAAUCUAAAAUGGACAGCCACGGCAAAUACAAGAGCAGACACAUGUUUAAUACACCAGUGCCAGUUGCAUCCUUCAUCAGAUUGGGAGAGUCGUCCAUUUCCAAGUCCGAGAUCUUGAACAAUGUCAUUAGCAAACAAAAGCACAAGGUGUUUUUCCAUCGUAAUUGCAAAGGCAGCACUCGAGACUGUCUCCUCAUGGACGGAGUUGUGGAGAUCACCUGGUACUGUCCAGCGGGGAAGGAAGAUGACAUUUUUGACGAUUGUGUGGCUUUUCUGAACCUUCAUGGUGAUGCCGGAGACCAUCCACAGCAACUUGAAUUCAUGCAGUCCGUGAGCACUGUGAAUGUCGUUCUACUUUCAGAAUGCCCCUUAGAUGAAAAAAACAAAAAGAUUUUCAAGAACCUUUAUACAUCUACUGUCCCUCUGAUUGUCCUUUUCGCCGGACAGGAAAAAAGUCUGACUUUUAAAAAUCCAACAAAAGUGAGAUUAGGUGCCAAAAACAGGAACGAGGCUGAGCUGAACGAAGAAAUAAUAUCACACAUCCAACACUGUGUCAACACAUACAAGAAGAACACAAGCAUCAAAAUAUUUUGUGAUGAAGCAAGAAAACAUCAGUUUAAAGUGGAUGAAGACAAGAAAUCCUGCAGAGAUGGUCAUGAACAAGCCAAUGUUUUGAUGUGCCUGUUGAGGGAGGAAAGAUCAUUGAAUUUCAAGGAGAAACUUUUACCUCUACAAGGAAAGCUGUGGCAUGAUUGGUGCCGGAAAGAUAAGGAUCAGUAUCGUCUGAAAUGCAAAGGAAAAGAAAGUUUGGAAUGUCAAUUGGACGCAAUCAAGAAUGAGAAAGCCUCUAUUCGAAAGGCACAGCUUGAGGCAGCUUCACCACCCAAUGAAUUCAUGAGGUCUUUUAUUACCUGUUUAACAUCCCCAGCUCAUUCACAAGAGACAAAAUCAUACAUGCUGCAGUGGCUGAGAAUUUUCCUGGAUGAAUUCAACUUGGGUGCACUUGCAGGAUAUGAGGAAGAGUACCUCUCAACAUGGGCAACAUUUAAAUGUGGCCCCAAGGUUGAAGGAGGAUCAACCAACACAGAUCCACUGCUAACAAAACUUAACACAAUAUCUGACAAAAUGACCGCUACCACAAUUGGACUUCAGCAUAUCAUGAGAGAAACAAGCCAGAUUUAUGAAGUUUUCAAGCCUACAACAAAACAUCAGAAGGAGACAUAUGAAUUUAUAGAGGCUCUUCCUGCAAUAGGAGCUGAGAUGCUGAUGUCUGGGUUGCCACUAGAGCUGAUGGAUGGGGAUGCGGCCCACGUGCCUCUGUUGUGGAUUCAGGCUGUCUUUGACCGUCUUAAUAAAACACUUGGUGACAAGAAGGUAUUUGUGCUGUCAGUUAUAGGACUGCAGAGCUCUGGGAAGUCCACAUUACUGAAUGCCAUGUUUGGUCUUCAGUUUACCGUGAGCGCAGGCAGAUGCACAAGAGGAGCCUUCAUGCAGCUAAUCAAGGUGGACCCAGCCAUAGUGGCCCAACAGAAAUAUGAGUAUGUUCUGGUGGUGGACACAGAGGGCCUUAGAUCACCUGAGCUCAGCACUAAUAUGUCCCUCAGUCAUGACAAUGAACUGGCAACUUUUAUUAUUGGAAUAGGGGACAUCACCAUCAUCAACAUCAUGGGGGAAAACCCAUCUGAAAUGCACGACAUCCUUCAGAUUUGCGUCCAGGCAUUCUUGAGAAUGAAACAAGUAAAUAAAAUUACACCAAGCUGCAUCUUUGUGCACCAGAAUGUUGCAGAGGCCUCAGCCGGCGAGAAAAACAUGGAGGGAAGAAUAAAUCUCAUGGGGAAAUUAGAUGCUAUGGCUGUAACUGCAGCAAAAGAGGAGCAAAUUGAUAAUGUCACUGGCUUUAGUGAUAUAAUACAGUUUGAUGUAAAAACUCAAGUAUUCUACUUCAAGGGCCUUCUAGAGGGAGACCCCCCAAUGGCACCUCCAAACCCCUCCUACAGCCAGAACGUUCAGGAGCUGAAGAACAAGGUGCUCUCCACCGCACAGUGGAAGUCAGGCUGUAGAUUUUCCACAUUAUCUGAAGUAAAAGUUCGGAUCAGGGACCUAUGGAAUGGUCUUUUGAAGGAAAACUUUGUGUUCAGCUUCAGAAAUACACUCGAAAUUAUGGUGUACAGUGAUUUGGAAAAUAUGUUUUCCGAAUGGUCCUGGAAGCUGAGAAAACAUGCCCUGGAUAAAGAGAACGAGUUGUACAACCAGCUUCUCAGCAAUAUCAUCGAGGAUGUGAGUCAGAAAGAUCUGAUUGUUGAUUUUGGUCAAGUGUACGAUCCCUUGACAGGGGAAAUAGACACAUACUUCAAGGGAAACAAACACCCAGAAAUCCUUAUACAAUGGAAAGUAACCAUUGACAAGCGGUUGGAAAAUCUCAACCGGGAGCUCAUUCAAAACAUCCUAAAGAAAUGCAAAGAUGUCAUCACAAUCAAGAAAAACAAAUCAGAACUUGACCAAAGAAAUUCUGACUAUGAGGAAGAAUUGCUCAAAAUGAGCAAAAACCUGGCAUUCAAACUAAAAGACCAGAGGCUUACCGACCAGGAUGUGGAGAGACAGUUUAACUCGAUUUGGACGGACUGGAACACCAAAGUGGCAAAUGAAAAACCUCCAGAGAAAUGUGUUAAUGUCAGAGCUGUAGUGGAAGGAAUAUUACAUGUUCAGUUUCAAAAUCAGAAUGACAUCACUGGCAAGAUUAGAAACAAAAAGGCCCAGUUCAAUUUGGAUGUUAAAAAACACGUAAACAAAUCGUGGUGGAAUUCAUUGGAUAGAUUUAAUUUAUUCCACGGAAAUCCAGAGGACUGUAUGAAUCAGUGUACACACCAAGUGACAAACCGUGUCAAAAGAUAUAUUACUGGGAAAGAAGCUGUUGGUAACGAUUUCAAUGAUAGCUUUAUUCAUGAAAUAUUAAGCAACAUAAAAAGCGAGAUUAACGAUUAUGAAAAGUCAAAUAAGGUUGAAUUCACAAAAGAAUACCAAACUGACCUGUCUGUUCAUCUGUGCAUCAAAGCUAUUCCAACAUUUGAGAGGAUGCAUUCAUCUUUCAGGAAAACAGUAGAUCCUAUAACAUAUUUGAAAAGCAAACGAGAACAGUACCUUCAGAUGUGUACGAACUUUUGCAAAGGAGCAAACUCAAUCACAAUUUUUGCAGAUUUCCUCUGUAAACAGCUGGAACCAGCAAUCAAACAGCAAAUACAUCUGAAAACCAGUCUUCAAAUUAGUGAUUCAUUAAUGUGUAACAACCCAGCCUUUAAUGGAAACCGAUCCAAUCUUGAAAAUCACAUACUGGUGCAUCUUGCCAAAAAGCGAAGCUUUGACGACUAUGAGGACUACAUUAACAAUGCAAAGACCUAUUUUGAAAGAUUCAUCCAAGGAGAGGUGGAAACAUCUUGUUCAAAUGACAACAUGACAGACAUGCAUAUUGAAAACCUACAUUCCCUGGAAAGUGUGAUGUUAAAAGUGAAUACAGAUGUAACAGCACAAGUGGUUUCACAACGUGGCAAUGCUAAAACAUGGCUUGACAUUUUCUGUAAGAAACUUGGAACGCACAUGGUAAUAAAAAGAGAGGACUUGACGAGCAUUGAAAAUGAAGGUAUCCGGGGCCUGACAGAACUCAAAGAGAUGAUGGCAAAAUGUAUUAAUGAGAUGGUGAUGAAGAUGGUAAAACAAGAAAAGCAAAAUUCAGGAAAAGAGUAUUUUGCAACUUUGAAAAACCAAGCCAGCAAGCACCUGUUUGAUCAUCACCAAGGAUGUUGGGCCCAGUGCCCAUUCUGCAAAGCCAUCUGCACAAACACCAUCCCUGGCCAUGAUGGCGAUCACAGUGUUAUGUUUCAUCGUUCUAAAGCUAUAGCUGGCAGGCAUUGGAAAGACACAGAUAAUUUUUCUAUUGACUUCUGCAGCACAUCUGUAAGCAGUGAUGAUAAGUUCAGCUAUCAUGGUGGUUAUAUGCCCUACAAGACAUACAGAGAUGCUGGUGAACCAUAUAGUCAAUGGAGCAUCACUGCAGAUGGUAGCAAUCAGUGUUACUGGAAAUGGUUCCUUUGUGCAUUUCAGUCUCAAUGGGAGAAUAAGAACAGAUUAAAAUUUGCUGGUUUAGGUGAAAUCCCUCAGAGCUGGAGACAGAUUACACCAGAAUCAGCACUGAAAGAACUCAAGUAACAGUCCCAGCAAAUAUAAAAGGAAAAACCAUGACCAUGAAAUACAUACAGCUAUUAUAAAUACUUAGUCAAUCACUUUGUGUCAUGAAUAUCAAUAUGUGCAUAGAAGGCCAUGAAUGGAUAGUAUUUGUGGCUGUCAACCAAAAAAUACUUUUCAUAUCACAGUUUGCGGCAUGAAAUGGGUCAGUAAGAAGGACAUUGUUGUAACGAUAUUCAGUUCAAAUUGUGAGAUUACUUUUAACCACUAGUGGUCAGGAAUAAAUGUCUGGACAUCUUGGUUGUUGAAUAAAUGACUAGCACAAGAUAGCUAUUCAUGGUUAACGUUGUCUUUAAUGUGACAUAUAAGGGAAUAUUACGACUCUAGGCAGCCUAGGGUAACAUUAUAGUUGAUAUGUUAUUGUUGUAUGGUAAUUGAGAUAUUAAUAUUGUUGCACUGUGCCUGGUAGCCAAGAUGUGGUUACUUUGCGCUGUGCCUGGUGAAUACAAACACUUCCUUGACUCUGACCACCUAAAUAAUGUUAGAACUGUGCACUUCUGAUCCUUGAUCUUGUGUUGUACUGUCUAUAUAUACACAAUACAAUAAUACAAAUAUAACAUUUCCUGUC